AUCUCUAACAUCCUCUCUACCAUGCUAAGGUCAGCGGAGCCUUUCUUUGAGGGGCCUCCCUCUAAAGCCAAGCUUAUCUUCUGGAAGAGGGAUGGGGAAGCUCCUUUUGAACUUGAAGGCGCUAUAUGUCUAUCGGGGGUACGGAAGAGGGGAGACGAUGGCGUGGGGGAAAUGCAGUGUAUUAAAAGUCUGUCCAACCCUCAAAGGCGGUCAAGGAACCUAGCCUGGGCGGAGGUCGGGGAUAUCAACUCUCAUCCUUACACCUCCAAGGUGACCCAAAAGGGAACAGCGCUUGCGCAGUACGUCCGAGGCCUUGCGCUUGAACACGCAGAAAGGCCAAGGUGCUGGAGGAAGGGAGGGUGCGAUCAGCGUGUCAAAACCAAACACGAGCUUGGAGAGCCUAGGAGUACCCGGAUAAUGCCUCCCCCUAGCGCAAGACCGGAAAGAGGCGGGAGGGAGACCGGAAGAAGGCGAGACGCUGUCUCUGGACACUCAAUGGCCGCGAAGAUGGCGGUCGCUGCGUGGCUUCGGCUGGCUCCUAUCACUCUGCUUCUUCUCGGGACGUUGCCGUCCCCGCUGUCUCUUCCAAGCGCGGGGCCAGGACCGGCCGCCGCCGCCGAGAGAUCCAAGUGGCAUGUCCCGGUGCACUUGGAGAAGAAGAAGUAUUUUAGUUUCGGAAAGAUCCUCUUCAACAACACUUCUAUCAUCUUGAAGUUUGAAGGAGAACCUUUGGAUCCAUCCUUGAGUUUCAACGUGACCUGGUACUUGCGUUCUUGUAACUGUUACAAUGAAGUCUUCAACUUUGGGGAUGAACAAGCGGAAACGUAUUUUGGAAGCACUAAGGAGGAGCGCCACGGUUGGCCUGGGUCCUAUGAAAUGUUACCAACCUUGUUCCAGAACUACAGUGAACUCUUUAAACCACAGAGUUUUUCUGGGGAUUUUAUGCAUCCAGUGGUACUAGCCGGAGGAAAACAAGAGGCUAGGUACAAUGGAACAAACCAUACAGCUGUUGUAGAGAAGCCUUCACCGAAUGCUGCUAUUAAAACUUGGCAAGAUGGGCCAUAUAUCUUCAUUGUUCAGAUUGGGAUUUCAUCCUCAAAGGAUUCUUUGAAAGAAGCGCCCCAAAGUAAACUUUUUACCAUGACUGUGGAAGUGAAGGGUCCUUAUGAAUACCUCUCUCUUGCAGAGUAUCCCCUCAUGAUUUUCUUCAUGGUGAUGUGUAUCGUGUAUGUCCUGUUUGGUGUUUUGUGGCUGGCGUGGUCUGCUUGCUACUGGCGAGAUCUCCUGAGAAUUCAGUUUUGGAUUGGUGCCGUUAUCUUUCUGGGAAUGUUAGAGAAGGCAGUCUUUUAUGCAGAAUUCCAGAACGUUCGCUACAAAGGAGAGUCUGUCCAAGGUGCCCUUAUCCUUGCAGAGCUGCUUUCAGCAGUGAAACGAUCCCUGGCUCGGACUCUGGUCAUCAUAGUCAGUCUGGGCUAUGGGAUAGUCAAGCCUCGCCUUGGAGUCACUCUUCACAAAGUCGUGGUGGCAGGAGCUCUCUAUCUUUUGUUCUCCGGCAUGGAAGGUGUCCUCAGAGUUACUGGGUCUUUUUACGGUUCUUUGGCUGUGAUAGCAAACCUGGCCCUCUCCGCGAUUGAUGCCUGUAUUAUUUUAUGGAUAUUUAUCAGCCUGACUCAAACAAUGAAGCUUCUCAAACUUCGGAGGAACAUUGUGAAGCUCUCUCUGUAUCGCCAUUUCACCAACACUCUCAUUUUAGCAGUUGCAGCAUCUAUCGUAUUCAUCAUCUGGACUACCAUGAAGUUCAGGCUAGUGGAUUGUCAGUCGGACUGGCAGGAGCUGUGGGUGGAUGAUGCCAUCUGGCGGUUGCUGUUCUCGAUGAUCCUAUUUGCCAUCAUGGUUCUGUGGAGACCAUCUGCGAACAACCAAAGGUUUGCCUUUUCACCAUUGUCCGAAGAAGAGGAAGAUGAUGAACAGAAAGAGCCCAUGCUGAAAGAAAGCUUUGAAGGAAUGAAAAUGAGAAGUACGAAACAAGAACCAAAUGGAAAUAGUAAAGUGAACAAAGCUCAGGAAGACGAUUUGAAAUGGGUAGAAGAAAAUGUUCCUUCUUCUGUGACAGAUGUAGCACUUCCAGCCCUUCUAGAUUCUGAUGAGGAAAGAAUGAUCACGCACUUUGAAAGAUCCAAAAUGGAAUGAAGAAUGGAAAGUUUUCAGGGCAGAGCUCGUUUAGCAUCAGGGAAGAGAUCAGCAUUUAUGUCAGACUUCUGCCGCUGCCCCACUGGCUGAAAGGAGGCAGUGGCACACCCCUGAUCUGUUCCUUGUGAGAGAGAGAGAGAGAGAGAGAGAGAGAGAGAGAGAGACAGGCAUUACGACCAGGCAAGCGUCCCAUUGGGAAACAGGUCACAGAAUAACAAAAUCCUUAUAAAAGGUUCUGAUUUACACUUCCCCCCUCUUCUACUCCAGAUCCCUGACUUGGAUGUUUAAGCAAACUACAUGUUUUGUUUCAGCUAUUUAAUUUGUCAGACUAAAAUUUUAACACCAAAGGGACAAAGUCCAUAAUAUGUAAUGCCCAGAAGCAACUGCCUAUGGUUUUAUUUAUUUUUUUGAAGAGGUGAUGGGGAAAGUUAUUAAUUAUCCUUCAGUUUCCUGGGGAGCAAAUGUUACACCUUGCAGAGCUAGUUGGGAGACAGAAAGGGCCCCUUUGAGUUAAGGAGUCCCCAGUACUAUCAGUGAUUAAAAGUACCAAAAAAAUAGAAAGAUUUGAAAACGUUAACAGUGAGAUUCAGAUCAUUUUUUAAAGCGAAAUCAAGUGCAAUUUUGUUUACAAAAUGGUGUAUAUUAAAGAUUUUUUCUAUUUCAGAUGUAAUUUAGAGAGAAAAUAUUAGCUUAACUCUUUUGAUGUCUGCUGUUGUGACACAUCCCAUUGCUGGCAAUGUGGUGCACACCUGAGAACUUUUAACUACUGCUCUGACAGCCUCUAAGUGCUGCAUUGCUAUCUCCUAUGCAAUGCUUUGUCUGCCCUGGCAUUACAGGGAUAAUAGGUGUUCCCCUGGUAUUGCAGCAGGUGCAGAGGCAUUUCUUCCACCUGAGAGCAUAUGAGUGAACUUCCUGCUGGAAGGUACUGCAAUGCUUCAGAAGAGGACAGGUGAUUAUAAAGGAAGCAGGUCCUUCCAGCUUAGUUGAAUAUCCCUGUUUGGGGUAGGAAACAUUAAGGUGAACUGUUACUGUUUCUGGUGUUGGUUAAGAAUGUUUACAAGCGUCACAAGGGGAGUUGCUGAAUUAGAAACCAUUUUAAGGACUCCAUUUCUGUUCUAACAGUUUUCUCAACUUUUGCCUUCCCGAGUUAUGGAUUUCUGUUCUAAAUACGAAAAGUUCAUGCCACUUUUUAAUAUUAAAAACCUUAAAGUCAAAAGA